AUGCUUGUUCUUGAUCCAUUGAAACGAGCAUUAGUAGGAGAAACAUCAUCAGACAAUAAUCAAAUACCCAAUACAACAACUCGCAUAUCUCAAGAUUCGAGAGGUAUUGUUCAAUUGCCAUCACGUGAUGAAGUACCAUCAGUAACAGCUAGUAUAGAUCAUACCAAAAAUGAACAUAAUCAACAACUAUAUAUCAAUACCUAUCCUCAAUAUGAUCCAAAUUUGAGUUAUCAUGGUUAUGAUCUAAGUCGAGAUGUAUCUGAAUAUCGAUUUGGUAUUGACAAUAGUCAUAAUCAACAAAAUGCAAUGAAUCGACCUGUGCCAGCUCCGAGAAAAACUCGUUCAAAUCAUAAUUCUCAAAGUGAUUUAACUAAAAGCAAAAAUGGUCGUGAACAAUGGUCAGGUCGUUUUGAUUUUUUCUUUUCAAGUCUUGGCUAUGCUGUUGGUUUUGGUGCUGUUUGGCGUUUUCCAUAUUUAUGUUAUCGAAAUGGUGGAGGUGUUUUUCUUAUACCAUAUAUUAUAUUUUUAUUUCUUCUUGGUAUUCCAUUAUUUUAUCUUGAAGUUAAUCUUGGACAAUUUACUUCAUUAGGUCCAGUUCAAUGUUGGAGAAUGGCACCAAUCUUUAAAGGACUUGGUAUUUCAAUGAGUUUAAUGUCAUUUUUUCUCACAGUUUAUUAUGCUAUGUUACUUGCUUAUUCAAUUCUUUAUCUUGUACUUUCAUUUCGUUCAAAACUUGAAUGGACAACAUGUGGUUCAUGGGCAAGUGCAAAUUGUACAGAUGAUUUUUCUACAUUUAUUAUGCGUUGUAAUUAUGAAAAUACAUAUAAAGAUCCAAAUGGUCGCUGUUAUACAUGGACAGAGCAAGGUUUAACACCAAUCGGUUGGUGGAAUGUACAAAGUCGUAUACAAUAUCGAAAACCUGUCUUACCAACGGAUGAUUAUUUCAAUAAUUAUAUAUUAAAUAAAUCACCAGGUAUGGGUUUUAUAUCAACAAUGGAAUGGCCACUUGUAUUAUGUUUAUUGGGAGCUUGGAUUUUAGUUUUUGUUUGUCUUUGUCGUGGAAUAAAAAGUUCAGGAAAAGUUGUUUAUUUUACUGCCGUAUUUCCAUAUGUUAUUCUUCUUAUUCUUGGUAUACGUGGUUGGACAUUACCGGGCAUGUCGCGAGGAAUUUAUUUUUAUAUGAAACCUGAUUUAAGUCGAUUAGCGGAUCAACGUGUAUGGAAUGAUGCAGCAAACCAAAUAUUCUUUGUUCUAUCUGUUUCAUAUGGUGGUUUGAUAACAUUGUCGAGUUAUAAUAAAUUCAAUCGACGUACACUUGGAAAUGCAUUAGUUAUUUCAAUAACGAAUGUAUUAACUUCAAUAUUUGCUGGUUUUGUUAUAUUUGCAUAUUUGGGUUAUUUGUCUUAUGUAACAGGACAAGAAGUUAAAGAUGUUGUAUCAGAAGGUCCUGGUCUUGCAUUUAUUGUUUAUCCUUACGCAGUAACGACACUUCCAGGAGCACCAUUUUGGUCAAUACUUUUCUUUUUUAUGUUAAUUUUACUUGGUCUUGAUUCAGUGUUUGCUAGUGUUGAAACUAUUGUUGUCGUUAUAACAGAUCAAAUUCAUUCAUUACGUCGAUAUAAUAUAUUUGUUACACUUAUUGUUUGUAUAUCUAUGUUUGGACUUGGUUUACUUUUAUGUACUGAUGCAGGAAUAUAUUGGAUAACAUUUUUAGAUCAAUUUACUGGUUCUUAUCCAGCCUUUGUUAUUGGUUUACUUGAAUGCAUUUGUAUCGCAUAUGUUUAUGGAGGUAAUCGUUUUCGUGCGGAUUUAAAAGCAAUGCUUGGUUCAAAAGAUUGUGGUGUACGACUUUAUCGUAUGUUUCAAAUAUGUUGGUUAUUUAUAACACCAAUGUUAAUCAUUGCAUUAAUUAUAUUUACAUCAAUAAAUUAUCCGGCACUUAAACUUGGACGUUAUAAUUUUCCUACUUGGUCAUAUAAACUUGGUUGGGGUUUAACAGGUUUAAUUUUAUCUGGUAUUGUACUUUAUGCAAUAUAUGCUAUUAUAUAUUUAUUACUUGUAAAACGAAAAUCAUGUCGAGCUUUAAUUAAUCCAGAACGAAAAUGGGGUCCUUUAUUAGAACAAAAUCGAAAGAAGCUUAGUUAUUACUAUAGUGGACAACAAGGAGCUCUUGUUUCACUAUUUGAUCGACUUACGAAACGAACUCAAUCACGAGCAACAUUAGACAGAUCAAAUGUAAGUACAAUACGAUAUUAUUUAACUGACGAGGGAUAG